UCUCAGGUGUCUGAGGAAGAAGGCAAAGAAAUAGAGUCAACUAAAGAGAAAAGUGAAGAAGCUCAGAAAGAGAUAGAAUUUGGAACUAAUCUUGAUGACGAGAUCAUUUUAAAGGCCCCAAUUGCAGCUCCUGAACCUGAACUCAAAACAGACCCAUCUUUGGAUCUUCAUUCAUUAAGCAGUGCAGAAACACAGCCUGCACAGGAGGAAAACAGAGAAGAUCCAGAUUUUGAGACUAAGGAAGAAGGAGGACUUGAAGAGUGCUCCACCAUAGAAGUAAAAGAAGAAAGUCCUGAAUCACAAGCAGAAAGUGCAUUGAAAACUUCCCAGAAAUCAAUCAGAAGACACAGAAACAUGCACUGCAAGGUUUCUUUGUUGGAUGACACAGUUUAUGAAUGUGUUGUGGAGAAACAUGCCAAGGGACAAGAUUUACUUAAACGAGUGUGUGAGCAUCUCAAUCUUUUGGAAGAAGACUACUUUGGUCUGGCUAUUUGGGACAAUGCAACCUCUAAGACGUGGCUGGAUCCUGCCAAAGAAAUAAAAAAGCAGAUUCAUGGUGUCCCUUGGAAUUUCACAUUUAAUGUAAAAUUUUAUCCACCUGACCCAGCACAGUUAACAGAAGAUAUAACAAGAUAUUAUUUGUGUCUUCAGCUUCGGCAGGACAUAGUUUCAGGACGUCUGCCCUGUUCCUUUGCAACCUUAGCAUUGUUGGGUUCUUACACCAUCCAGUCUGAGCUGGGAGACUACGACCCGGAACUCCAUGGUGUGGAUUAUGUUAGUGAUUUUAAAUUGGCUCCAAAUCAGACCAAGGAACUUGAAGAAAAGGUUAUGGAACUUCAUAAAUCAUACAGGUCCAUGACUCCAGCUCAAGCUGACUUGGAAUUUCUUGAGAAUGCCAAAAAAUUGUCUAUGUAUGGAGUUGACCUUCAUAAAGCAAAAGAUUUAGAGGGAGUGGAUAUCCUGCUGGGUGUCUGCUCUAGUGGCCUUCUGGUUUACAAAGAUAAACUGAGAAUUAACCGAUUUCCCUGGCCCAAAGUGCUGAAGAUUUCAUACAAACGUAGCAGCUUUUUCAUCAAAAUUCGACCUGGAGAGCAAGAACAGUAUGAAAGUACCAUUGGAUUCAAACUUCCCAGUUACCGAGCAGCUAAGAAAUUAUGGAAAGUCUGUGUAGAGCAUCACACAUUUUUCAGACUGACAUCUACAGACACCAUUCCCAAAAGUAAAUUUCUUGCACUGGGAUCCAAAUUUCGAUACAGUGGCCGGACUCAGGCUCAGACUAGGCAAGCUAGUGCUCUGAUUGACAGGCCUGCCCCACAUUUUGAGCGAACAGCUAGCAAACGGGCAUCCCGGAGCCUUGAUGGAGCAGCAGCUGCUGAUUCAGCAGACCGAAGUCCUCGGCCCACCUCUGCACCAGCCAUUGCUCAGAGUCAGAUCACAGAAGACAGUAUCCCAGGUACAUCUGUCCAAAAACCAGGGGUCUCUAAAACACAAAAGGAAACAGUGAAGGCUGACGUGAAAAGGGAAGAAAUGCCACCUGAGCAAGUUGAGCCAGAGCCCACAGAAAUAUGGCAGAAAAAAAGAGAGAGACUAGAUGGUGAAAACAUUUAUAUCAGACAUAGCAAUUUAAUGUUGGAGGAUUUAGACAAGAGUCAAGAAGAGAUCAAAAAACAUCAUGCCAGCAUCAGUGAGCUGAAAAAGAACUUCAUGGAAUCUGUACCAGAACCACGGCCCAGUGAGUGGGAUAAACGCUUAUCCACUCACUCCCCCUUCCGCACACUUAACAUCAACGGCCAGAUCCCCACAGAAGAAGGACCUCCCCUGGUGAAGACUCAGACUGUCACCAUCUCAGAUACUGCCAAUGCUGUGAAAAGUGAAAUCCCAACCAAAGACGUCCCUAUUGUCCACACAGAAACAAAGACCAUCACUUAUGAGGCUGCCCAGACUGAUGACAGCAAUGGGGACUUGGACCCAGGAGUCUUGCUGACAGCUCAGACCAUCACAUCCGAGACCACAAGCAGCACCACCACAACUCAGAUUACCAAGACUGUGAAAGGUGGGAUUUCAGAGACUCGGAUUGAAAAGAGAAUUGUGAUCACAGGAGAUACCGAUAUUGACCAUGAUCAGGUCCUCGUACAGGCCAUCAAGGAAGCAAAGGAACAGCAUCCAGAUAUGUCAGUGACCAAGGUGGUCGUCCAUCAGGAGACCGAGAUCGCCGAGGAGUGAGCUCAGGAACUAUUCUACCCCCAACUCCCUGCCCUUCUUUCAUCCAAGAGAAAACCAGCAGAAUGAUAAAGAAGCUAACCUGGAGUAGUCAGACUUCAGACUUUCAAGAUUAUUUAAACCACCAGAAAAUUAAUUCCUUUUUCUAUUUGGAGUUUAUACCAAGAGAUUCUUCUAGCUAUCACUGAUCCUUUUGGAUUCCUUUUUCUAUAUUGUGAUAGCAGAAAUGGCUCAUCUCUUCACUUAUAGGCUGGUUUUAAGUAGGUUUUGUUUUGAUUUUGUUUUUAAUGGGGUGGUUUGCAAACUCUUCGACCUAGCAUCUCUCCAUUUAUUUCCAACCCAGAUACUAACAGGGUCCACAGAAUUCCUUAGAAAAUCCUCCAGACUCUGUCAGCUAUGUUGGAGGUCAGAGCCAGCUAAACGGGGCUUUCCUGCUCCUCCUCUAGUUUUAUAACCUUUGGAUGACAGCAAAAAAGUCAUAAACCAACUCUUUCUCAGAUCCAAUAAUGUGACUUUACCACAAUGUCAGGCAGGGUGGAUUUUCUGGCUUCACAGACCCUGGGAAAAGGCUCCUGGCCAUCACUUUGUUGGGGAU